AUGAAGCUUUUACCGGCUCUCGUUCUUGGCGCCGUUGUCGCUCAGGACUACUACUUCGAUGCUAAUGGCGAGAGAAAGAAGAAGAAGACCAAAGUGACGAAGAGUGAUGCUUGCGGAUGCACUGAGAUGCCUAAAAAUGGACCUGACGCGGUGGCUACUUGCGUUUCGGACGGUGGAAAAAGAAAAACUAUUGAUUGGACUUGUCCAGCGACAGGAACCACUCAGCGGUUCACCAACGUUAAAUGCAGACGAAUCAAAAAGAUGAGCUUGAACGAGCAAUGUGGCGAUCUCACUUGCAAUUGCAAAUCUGAAGUCGACGCUUUCGUUGCUACAAUGAGCCCUGAUGAGGGACAAGCUGUCGGUACGUGCACGAAUGCUCGAAAGAAGCCAACAUAUAAGCUUUUCUGCGAUACUGACUCUGACAACAUCCAUGAUGCUGGAGAAGUUUCCCAGGAGUUCAAAGUCAAGUGCAGAAACGGUGAAAUCCGAAAGAACAGAUUCGACCAGCUUCUCUGUGGCAAUUCUAUCAUCGGAGGUGACGGAUGGGAAAGCGGUCCAGCUUCAAUGCCUUCUGGCUUGACCUGCGCAGAUCCAACUAAUCCAUUUUCCGCUAGAAGAAAACGCAAGAUCAAGGAUUUCGCUACUUCGAAAAUUGUCGGUGGACAAACCGUUGAUAGAAAAACAACAUGGCCCUGGAUUGUCAAGACGCCAGGAUGUGGUGGCAGCAUCAUUUCUGCCAAUCCAAGCGGAACCAAUGACUGGAUUCUUACAGCGGCCCAUUGUUGCGAUGGACUGAGUUCAAUGAACGUGAUUGUGGGAUCUGAAGAUCGAAUGAUUGGUGGAGCUUCCACAGAUGAAGAAUUUCAGGUUACCUCAAUCAGCAUCACAAAGCAUCCCGAUUACAACGGUAAUCUUGGUUCUUCUAAUUCUCCCGGAUCUGAUGUCUGUCUCGUCGAAGUUCCAAAUCUGACAGAUUCUCAACCGGCCGGAUGCAAUGACUGUUGGAAACCUGUUUGCCUCCCAUCGACUCAUGUCGACGAUAAGAGACUUUGCUACGUUGCUGGCUGGGGAACUAUCUCCUCCGGUGGUAGCUCUUCUACAUUCCUCCGUGAUGUUGGCGUCCAUGCUUUCUCCCAAGAAGCUUGCACCUCUAUCCCCGACAUGAGCGGACUCGUUCAAGAUAACGAGUUCUGCGCCGGUGUUCCAGAUUUCAACGGAGACGGCAUUACUGACGGAGGAAAGGACUCCUGCCAAGGUGAUUCCGGCGGACCUCUUGUUUGCGAAGAAUCUGGCACUGCUGUCAUCUACGGCGUCGUCAGCUGGGGCUUCGGAUGCGCUUUCCCAGAUAAUCCUGGAGUCUAUGCUAAAGUGUCCUCGUUCACCAGCUGGAUAUUCUCAACAAUGAAUUCAUAA